AUGGGUCGGGUACAACAGUGUGCUCAACUUGCACUGCAGUUCCGCCAUGCAGACAUGAAACCAAACUCACACAUCGUGGAAAAAAGAAACAUCUUACUCGUGGUCGUGACCUUGGUCUCCGCCACUCUAUAUUCGGGGGGGAUCAAUCCUCCCGGGCUCCAACACUGUAAAUGCAUUACCCCUGUUUGGAACGUCAAAAAUUGCGGUUGUUCAGCCCUGACUCUUUUGUCGGUAUUAUUUAUUUCACUGGCGCUGAUGUUAUCUGGUAUCAUGCUUAUUAUUCUGGUGGGUCGCAACCCUUUUGCACCCUUGGUUUAUCUUCUCCUAAUGGGUGCUGCCAUUCCAUACUGGUUUACCCUUGCAACAUUCCUCCACCCACUGCUAUGGUUUGCUUUCAUGGUUGUGUGCUGGCUGCCUUCCUGCUAUGCUCUCUUUCUGUUCCGGCGAUUUGUUACUGGUGCUGAUGCUGCUGUUCCUGCUGCUCCUGCUCCUGCUGUUGGUGGAGGAGAGAUAGUGGCUGAUGGAGGAGAGAUCGUGUGA